AACGCGUAGUAACAUACCUUACAGAUUCAAUUAAAAGAGCCCAGUAUAUCUUAUCAGAGUCAAUUGUCAACUGUUUCAAAUUGAAUGACUCCAAUCAAUGACAUCACACGCUAAAAGAGUACAGGCUUUAAUUGAGAGCAACGGGGACUCGCCAGCGACUGUUCUAACCUCAAAUGAGACGCUCGUCUGUGAAAAAGUCACAUAAAAUAAAAUAAAAUGACCUUUAUCAUUGGAUUCAUAUGCUCGCUGAUACUGGCAGCACUCAUCGUGAUAUGGAUAAUAUACUGCAUGUUCUUCAAAGAGAAACCAAAAUCGGAAGCGUAUCAAUUUUCGAUAUCUGAUUUGCGUCGCAAAAACUACGAGAUAGCCCAAGAACAGGAGGUAACCAAUGAAAAAGUGAAAGAGGUGACAGCAGGCAUCUUCAUAUUGCCUUCCAAAAAGAAGCAUGAUAAUAUAGAGAGUUAUAUUGACAAGAGGCCUGAUUACCCAGAAGGAACUAUAGGAAACAUACAGCCGAGAAUGGAUAACUUGAUAGAGAUAUUCGACGAUAGUACCCUAGAAGCGGACAAACGGUGUGGGCUGGAGGCCGAGACAUACCAGAGUGACGUAUGAAUUGCACAGUACCGAUACAUUGAUAAAUGAGGCCUUACACAAUGUUUGAUAUUAUGCUUAGUCGCAAGAUUUGUUACUUUAAGGUGCCUCUUCACAAUGACCCAUGCUGGCCCACUAAAGGCCAUCGCCAUUGACCAUCGUCCGCCAUCAUACACCACUACCCCGUCUGUACAGUGGCGAUGGCUUGUAGUGGGCCAGCAUGGACCAUUGUGAAGUGGCACCUUUAUAGAGUGA